AUGGCGUUAAUUAACAAUGAUACAUGGAAAUUGAUACCUUGCAACUAUGACAAGAAUUUACUUGAAUGUAAGUGCAUUUAUCGGAUUAAGUACAAUUCUAAUGGUUCUGUGGAGCAGUUUAAAGCCAGAAUUGUUGUAUUUGGCAAUCACCAUCAGUGCGACAGUUGUGACACUUCCAUGUUAACUCUCAAAUUUCAUGGUCAUCUCUUCAAUCUUCUCUUAUAUGUCGAUGACAUUCUUCUCACUGUUAGUAGUACUGAACUUGUUACAAAAUUCAUCGUUGUUCUUUCUUCUCAGUUUGCUAUAAAGGAUUUAGGGGCUCUUCAUUAUUUCUUAGGUGUUCAGGCUGUGCGUACUCCAUCUGGUUUAUUUUUGCCUCAAAAUAAGUAUAUCUCUUAUUUACUCCGUAAAUUCCAUCUUCAUACUGUUAAACCAGUGCGCACACCUGUUGUCUCUAGAGUUACAUUGUUUAUUCUUGACGGAGACCUCCUUCUUGAUCCCACAUAUUAUCGUAGUUUGGUUGGUUCAUUGCAGUACUUAACUAUGACACGUCCAAAUGUUGCUUAUGCUGUUAAUAUGGUGUCUCAGUUUAUAUACAUGCUCCUCGUAUUACUCACCUUCAUGCUAUAUAUGAAAAGAAUUUUUAGAUAUCUGCAGGGCACGUUGGAUUUUGAUCUUGUAUUACUUAGCAGCACUUCUUCUACUGUUGUUAUUGCCUAUUCUGAUGCAGAUUGGGCAGGUUGUCCUCACACUCGUCGUUCUACUAAUGGUUAUGUUGUUUUUCUUGGGAAAAAUUUGAUUUCCUGGCACUCGAAUAAUCAACCCAUUGUGUCUAAAACCUCCACUGAAGCUGACUAUAGAACAGUUGCAUACACAGCUACAAGAACAAUUUGGCUCCGCCAACUUCUUGCUAAUAUCGACCAUUUUUCCUUCGACGACAUGUGA